UAUUUCACAACACGGUACAAGCCAAGUCGCAUUUUAAAGAGCCCUUUAAAGUCCCAGUGUAGUAGGGAAGGAGUAUCGAUAUAUUUAAUCUACAAAUAGAGAAACGCUCGGUUGUCCACUGCUUUUUGCCAAGUCUCCUCUCUCGGGGACUUGUCUCAGAGCUGAAUAAACUGAAAAGACUAGCAGUUACUCGGUUACAUCAGGAAACAGCAGCCACGCACAAUGCCACUGAACGAUGAACGUCCCACUUCCACGUCUACGGUGGCCAGUGAGGACCAGAACAGUGACACUGAGUCAUCGGAAAGGUGCGACAGUUUGACCUCGUCUAGCGAUGUGGACUAUUCUCGCCAGAGCUUCACCAGCGAUUCGUCCAGCAAACACAACUCUCCUUCCUGCAGCCCACCAAAAACCCUAACGCUUGACGAGGUCAUGGCCUCGGCCCGGGACCUUUCUAAUCUGAGCCUGGCUCAUGAGAUCGUAGUCAACCGGAACUUCCACCUAGAGCCUCCAGAUCUACCUCAAAACAGCCUGGAGAAGAGAGUUAAGGAUAUGGUGCACAAAGCUUUCUGGGACUGUCUUGAAUCUGAGCUGAACGAUGACCCCCCUGAGUACGAUCAUGCCAUCAAACUUCUGGAAGAGAUCAGAGAUACCUUGCUGUCCUUCCUUAACCCCGGGGCCAACCGCCUGCGUACUCAGAUUAUGGAGGUUCUGGAUAUGGACCUGAUUCGCCAACAGGCUGACAACAAUGUGGUUGAUAUCCAGGGCCUUGUGUCUUACGUCAUCAAUACUAUGGGCAAAUUCUGUGCUCCGGUCCGAGAUGAUGAAAUCAAGAAGCUCAAAGAGAACUCAAGCGACAUUGUGACACUGUUCAAGGAGAUCUUCCGGGUGCUGGACCUGAUGAAAAUGGACAUGGUGAAUUUUACUAUCCAGAGCCUCAGGCCAGAGCUUCAGAGACAGUCGGUAGAGUAUGAGAGAGCCAAAUUCCAGAGCAUUCUGGAAAGAACUCCCAGUGCUUUGGACCACACAACUGAGUGGAUCAGAUCUUCAAUAGAGGAGGCCAGUCAAGUCAUGCCACUAACAGAGAAGAGCAGUGAUUCUGGGCAAAGCAGCAAACACUUACCAGGGCCUACACUUGUUCUAAAUACUGCCUACAUAAGACUGCUCACCUGGGAUGAGAGCAAGGGCCCUCUGCCUGAGACUUUGAUUACGGAUGAAUCGAGGUUGCAGGAGAUGCAGCGCUCUCUUCAGCUGUAUCAGAAAGUCGCAUCUGUUCUGCUGAUAGUCUACAGCUCAAUAGGAGGGGCCGUGUCAGGCCUGCCCGCUCUUGUCGAGCGACUUAAGAAGAUGACAGCAGUGCUGCUGGAGGGCAUGCAUAGCGCAGACUUUAACCUUAAUGAAGCUCUUAGUAACGUCAGUGCUCAGAUCUGCUGUGAGGUCAAUAAGUCUUUGGCUGAAAGAAACUUCCCAGCUCUCCCUGCUGAACUGCAGGCAACUCUAAAGGGCCAGAUCUGUGACAUCACCCAGGAAAACAACCCAAUACGCACUCUUGUUGAGGGAAGGGUACAGCAGUACUUAAGGGUGGUCCUUGCCUCUACCACCUCUCACAGGACGCCCCCUCCCGUACCGCCAGGCUUGGGUCUGAUCCAGCUGGAGCUCAUGGGACUGGGCGUCAGUUUCAUCAGCCUCGUCAACUUCAACAAAAAGGUUUACGGUCCUUUCUACGUGAGCAUCCUGAAGAAUCUACUUUUUAUCGACACGCAAGCACCAAGUCUGCAAAAUGGGAUCACACAGGGUCUACCCAGCAGCCCACUGGAGUCCAAUUAGACGAGGAUGCUUCAUCUGCUCCCAGUUAUCAUACCCAGACAUUUCACUUAUGUGUUUCCAAGUGAGUUAUUUGAUGAUUGAUUCUAGGGAUUCACUGAAGACUGAAGAACAACGCGUGCUAUGGUGCUUAAAAUGAAAAAGUAUGGAUGUUACAAACAAUGUUUUUUGCCAAGUAAUAUUUUAAGCAUCUCUCUAACUGUAGUAUUCACUUGACAGUGUUACUGCAAUAGAAAUUCAGUCAUUACUUACAGUAUAUUGACAAUGUUUAGGUGCAAGGAGGAAACUUUUCAUAUAUACACACACAUACAGCUGUUAAAGACGUAGCCAAAAGAGGCUAAUAUAUUUACAUAGAUCAUUUAAAGACAUUUGAGAAUAUGCAUUUGUUAUGUCCGUUUAGAGACACCCGUGUAUGUUGUAUCCCAUGCCCAGAUUCUAAGAUUAUUAAAAAUGUUUAUUGGAGCAUAUUAAAAUCCAUCAGUGACAAAGUAAAGUUAUACUUUGUGUUUGCUACACAUUUUUUGAAAGUAUUGUAUUACAAUUGUUAACUGUAUUUAUACUUGAAAAAAAUUGUGUAAUUUGAAGUGGAAGAAACUUGAAAUUACAUAAAGAGGGAGAAUCCAGAACUCUGGCAAGAACAAUAUUGUUAAAUUAAUUAGAUUUUUGGUCCUGGUAGUGUUAUUUUAUAUAAUUAUGACUGCAUGAUUAUUUGUAUUUUCCUUUUUUUUUAUCCUCUAGACAUCAACAUUUGGGUUAGUUUUGUAUGUCACUGCGCUUUAGUUACAGGCAUGUUUAUUUUAUUAAUGUUGUUUAUGGAAAUUAAGGGGAUUGUCUUAUAUAAUGUUAAUGUUUUGUUAUAUAAUUCAAUUGUGUUGAUAGUUUUACUUGAUCUAUGCAGUUUGGUAAUAGUUAAAGAACCUUGUUUUGCUAGUGCUUAUUUUUGUGUGUCAUUUGAAGGAAUGACAUCUUUGUGUGGAAAGCCAUUUUCAUAUCAACAUGACAGACCUUCAAUUUAACAAUUUUGCAAUGUGUAUUGUUUCAGAUGUAAGAACCCAUAUAAGAACAACACAAUAUAUGUAGUGUGACAAGCACUAAAAAAAAAUUAAUAAAAGAAAGUGUGAAAACUAAUAUAUAUUUUAAA